AUGGCUACUUCCAGCAAUGGUCUUCAACUUGCCACUUUGUUUUUAGGUGUUUUACUGUUCGGAACGGCCGGUUAUCUAUGUGAGUCAGUUCCAGGCAUAUACACGUUUGGAGACUCAUUGGUCGACGUCGGAAACAACAAUUUCCUUUCUGGUUCUAUGCUUAAGGCUGAUUUCCCUCCCCAUGGUAUAGAUUUUCCUAUGGGAAUAGCCACGGGCCGGUUCAGUAACGGGAAAAAUGCAGCUGAUUUUCUAGCUGAAAAAGUGGGAUUACCUACAGCACCGCCGUAUCUAUCAUUGGUGUCAACCGGCUCAGGGACAAAGCUGAAUAGUGCGAUGGUGACCGGAGUCAGUUUUGCAUCUGGAGGUGCCGGAAUCUUGGAUGGAACCAAUGGAAUCUUUGAACCAAUUGCAUUGACACAACAAGUAGAGUACUACUCUCUUGUGCAUAAUCAGUUGAUUCAAGAAAUGGGUUCAGCUCGCGCCAACACUCACUUGAAUAAAUCUCUAUUUGUGAUUGUGAUCGGAAGCAAUGAUCUCUUAACUUACUUCGACAAAGAUUCCCACGUCUCAAAGCAAUACACCCCAGGACAAUACGUUGAUCUUAUGGCUUCCACCCUUAAACAACUUAUGAAUAGGUUGUAUGGGCUGGGAGCACGUAGAUUCGCGGUAUCUGGAGUUGGAGUGAUUGGAUGUUGCCCGGAACAAAGGUUGCAGAUGAACACAACCUAUGGAUGCAACGCAGCAGCAAAUUACUGGUCGAAAAUGUACAAUGUACGUCUAAAGAAUUUGCUAAAGAAGUUGAAGACACAAUCACCGGAUAUCAACUAUUCUUACUUUGACACAUACCUUGCCAUGAAUAACCUCAUCCAAGAUCCUCAAAAUUAUGGUUUUUCCGAGAUAAAAGAAGCUUGUUGUGGAAAUGGCAAAUUGAAUGCAGAAAUUCCUUGCCUCCCAAUUUCCACAUAUUGCUCCAAUAGAAGUGAUCAUCUAUUCUGGGAUCUCUAUCAUCCUACUGAAAUGGUGUCUCAUAUGCUUAUUGACCUUGUAUAUAGCGGAUCGCGAAAAUUCACGCUUCCAAUGAACAUAAGAGACCUUGUUCAUCUAUAA